ACGUCAGAUGCCACUUACACCUAAGAAGAAGAUUGUGGCGGACAGACACUCCCUGUCAUGGCCGAAGGUCGAUCCUGAAUGCCCAAACUGAAAGUUUAAGAUGACAACGCUGGCUAACAGAGCAAUAGGAGCUAUUGUGGGAUCGGCGGUUGCAGAUGCAGCAGCGCAGCCUCUCCAUUGGGUCUAUGACCUGCAGAAGCUGCAAGGGAUCCUAGCUCAGGAGCCUAAUCCGGAAUUCCACUCCAAGUCAGCAAACCCCUUCUACAGGAGACAAACAGGCCAACAGAGCUGCUAUGGGGACCAAGCAUAUGUGCUGCUUGAGUCUCUGUCUAAAUGUGAAGGUCUAAAUAUUGAUGAUUUGAAAGAGCGCACACUAAAAUUCUUUGGGCCAGGAUCCGAGUAUGACACGCCUGUCAAUGAUCCAUACAGGCAAAGAGGCGGCCCAAGACCUCAACUGCCCAUUGAGGGACCGUGGAGACAUGUUAGUUUAAAAAGCUUCCUAAAGAAUGUGGAUUCUGGCAAAGAGGAGACAGGUUGUGAGACUGACUGUCAGAUUGAUGGGAUAGCUAAGCUGGCUCCUAUAGUGGCCUUCUAUGCAGGGAAACCUGACAUGUUGGAAAAGGUUGAACAGGCAGUUCGAGUCACACAAAACAACGACGCGUGUGUGGCAGAAACUUUGGCAGCUGCCAGGUUCUUGGAGUAUUUCAUCCUAAAUGGCCCUGAUCCAAAAGCCCUAGAGGAUGUUCUUACACAGCUCAAUGAUCCGAACAGAAAGCAACCACAAGAUUUGGACAAAGCUGUCAUUGGUCAUAUUCAUCAGGUGACGGAGAAUUUAAACAAAACUCCCCAGGAACUUAUACCAGCAGUUUUUCCUAACACCUGAGGUUUGCCAGGUGCGUUCCAAGCAGCGCUACAUGGAGUCCUGACAGCCACAAACUAUGAAGAGGCAAUCAGAGAAACCAUGCGUUGUGGGGGAUGCACCUGUAGCAGAGGCUCCUUUAUUGGGGCUUGUCUAGGUGCUCAGCUCGGGUUCGAAGGAAUUCCAGCUUCAUGGGCCUCCAAAACUCAGCGAUAUGAAUGUGUGUUGGAACACAGCAUGAAGAUAACAAAUCACCACAAGUAGUUUUUUAUUUGUUGUCUCAGACACCAUUAAUAGAGAACAUUCCUGGAAAACAGAUGACCUUUCAAAGUGCAGUCAAUGAAGGUUCUUGUUUAAAUUGUCGACAAGAGUCAGAUGUUUUUGUCACUGUGAAAGUUUAGCAUGUUGCUCCAGUUGUUCUCGACAACCUGGGUAAAGCAGAACACAUCAUGAAAUGGAUACAAAUUUAUAAAUGAUGAUGAUCGUGAGGGGCUUGGUGAAUAAAAAAAAAAAAUCACCUUAUUGCCAAAAAUAGACACGUAGAUGUUUUUGACAACAAAUCUCCAAGGAGGAAUUCUAACCUACACUACAGUAUACUGUACACAAUCGGCGGAAUUUUCCCUGGCAACACUUUUGACAGCGCCGCACAAGUUUUGGCAUUUGGUAGCCUGAUUUUCAUCAUUAUUAUAUUGCCCUUGCCAAGUGACAACUUUCAGGAAAAGAAUGUCAUUUUACUAAUGACCAAAUCUUGUAAAAUACACAUUUUGACAGCAUAUGAAAA